AUGCGAAAACCUGAUGCUACGGGGAGAUCGACCGUCUGUCCCACGCCAGCCAACCCUCGUGCUGGCGCGCCAACGAGGCGGUCGCCGACCCACGAUGUACCCGUAUCUCGCCUGGGGAUGAUCCUCGCCCUCCAUUUCCCCAAAGCCCCUCGCGGUGUCGCCCGCGGAUCUAACCCCGUCGCACAGCGACUAAUAUGGACUCGGUAUCGGGCGCAUGCAGCCCAUUGCGAUGAUGACGAGCACGGGCUAUCUGUCAGAUACGAAAGCCCUGUGUCACCCCGGUCGCCGAUCCCAUACGCCCGUCCAGCGACUCAGGAGAGCUCAUUGCUAGAUCUGGGAGCUGAUCUCCCACCACGAGUUGUCCGCAUGGAGUGCAAGUUGAAGCUAUGGUCUUUCACUCUCGGCCCCAGUGGCGAUCUCCCCCCAUCCCCAAUCACCCCAAUGCCUCGCGGUGUGCGACAUGUAUCUGCAUCAAUUGGCCUGGACGCCGAUGCCGGAUUUCCGCCACCGCGCAUCGUCCUGGGCUAA